UUUCCCGGCAGCAUGGCCUUCAACGGAAAGUUUGAGGUGGAGAGUGAGAAGAACUAUGACGAAUUCAUGAAGCGCCUGGGUCUUCCCAGCGACGUGAUCGAAAAGGGCCGCAACUUCAAGAUCACCACGGAGGUGCAGCAGGAUGGCCAGGACUUCACCUGGUCCCAGUACUACUCCGGGGGUCACAUCAUGACCAACAAGUUCACCAUCGGCAAGGAGUGCGAGAUGCAGACCAUGGGCGGCAAGAAGUUCAAGGCCACCGUGCAGAUGGAGGGUGGCAAGGUGGUGGUGGACUUCCCCAAUUAUCACCAGACCUCGGAGGUCGUGGGUGACAAGCUCGUGGAGACCUCCACCAUUGGAGGCGUGACCUACGAACGAGUGAGCAAAAGGCUGGCCUGA